AUGGCUUCUCCUUCUUCUUCAUUUUCGCCCCGCAACUGGAGCUACAACGUCUUCCCAAGCUUCCACGGGCCUGACGUCCGUAAAACUUUUCUCAGUAACAUGCGAGAACAGUUUACACGAAAUGGAAUCACUAUGUUCGAUGAUCAAGAGAUUGAGNGCAACUGGAGCUACAACGUCUUCCCGAGCUUCCACGGGCCUGACGUCCGUAAAACUUUUCUCAGUAACAUGCGAGAACAGUUUACACGAAAUGGAAUCACUAUGUUCGAUGAUCAAGAGAUUGAGAGAAGCGCAACAAUUGCUCCUUCACUCACAGAAGCUAUAAGAGAGUCGAGGAUCUCUAUCGUGAUUCUCUCUAAGAAUUAUGCUUCCUCAGGCUGGUGUUUGGAUGAAUUGGUGGAGAUAUUGGAGUGCAAAAAAGCUAUGGGACAGACAGUGAUGACCAUCUUCUACGGAGUUGAGCCGUCCCAUGUACGGAAACAGACCGGGGAAUUUGGGAUCGCUUUCAAUGAAACUUGUGCAAGUAAGAGGGACGAAGCUAGAAAGAAAUGGGGCAAAGCUUUGACUGACGUGAGCAAUAUUGCUGGAGAAGACUUCCAAAAAUGGGACAACGAAGCAAACAUGAUCAAGAAAAUUGCAAGAGAUGUUUCAGAUAAACUAAAUGCUACACCAUCAAGGGAUUUUGAUGGCAUGGUGGGAAUUGAAACUCAUUUGAGAGAAAUGGAGUGUUUACUAGAUUUAGAUUAUGAUGGAGUUAAAAUGGUUGCAAUCUCUGGUCCUGCUGGGAUAGGUAAGACUACCAUUGCCAAUGCUUUAAGUGGUCUACUCUCUAAUAGGUUUCAACUUAGUUGUUUUAUGGAUAACCUGAGGGGAAGCUAUGUCAGUGGUCAAGAUAAGUUGCGUUUACAAGAGCAAUUUCUUUCAAAGGUUUUGAAUCAGGUUGGUGUUAGGAUAUGCCAUUCAGGUGUGAUAGAAGAAAGGCUAUGCAAGCAGAGAGUGCUCAUCAUUCUCGAUGAUGUGAACAAUAUAAAGCAAUUAGAGGCGUUGGCAAAUGAAACUACAUGGUUUGGUCCUGGGAGUAGGAUUGUAGUUACCACAGAAAACAAAGAGCUUUUACAGCAACAUGGUAUCGAUCAUAUGUACCAUGUGGGGUUUCCAUCUGAUGAAGAAGCUCUCAAGAUCUUAUGUAGUUAUGCUUUUAGAAAAAUUCCUAUGUACCAUGGUUUUGGAGAGCUUGCUGAAAGAGUAACAGAGCUUUGCGGUAAUCUUCCGUUGGCUCUAAGUGUAGUGGGUUCCUCUUUACGUGGAAAGAAUAAGGAAGAGUGGGAAAAAGUAAUACACAGGCUAGAAACUAUUCUUGAUCGAGAUAUUGAGGAAGUACUAAAAGUGGGUUAUGAAAGUUUAGAUGAGAGUGAGCAAUCUCUAUAUCUCCACAUUGCAGUCUUCUUCAACUAUAAAGAUGGUGAUCUUGUGGAAACUAUGUUCACUGACCGUGACUUGGAUGUCAAACAAGGGUUGAAAAUCCUUGUAAACAGAUCUCUCAUAGAGAUAUCUACGUACGGGGGAAUAAUGAUGCACAGAUUACUACAACAAGUGGGUAAGAAAGCCAUUCAUGAACAAGAGCCUUGGAAACGCAAGAUCUUAAUAGAUGCUUCAGAGAUUUGUGAUGUUCUAGAAUGUGCUAAUGGUACUAGAGCUGUGUCCGGCAUAUCAUUUGAUAUAUGUGCAAUCGAGGAAGUAUCUAUAAACACGAAGGCUUUUAAAAGAAUGCCUAAUCUUCGAUACCUCAGCGUCUACAAAAGUAGGAAUGAUGGCAAUGAUAGAGUGCAUAUACCUGAGGAGAUGGAGUUUCCUCACCGUCUAAGGUUACUAGAUUGGGAGGCAUACCCAAGCAAGAGUCUUCAUCUUACAUUUCACCCUGAAUAUCUUGUCGAACUCAAUUUCGAGAAUAGCGAGCUAGAGAAGCUUUGGGGAGGAAGACAGGUGCUUACAAAUCUCAAGAAGCUUAAUUUGACAGCAUCCCGGAAAUUGAAGGAACUCCCAGAUCUUUCAAAUGCUACAAAUCUGGAGGAAUUGAAUAUUUUAUGCUGCGAGAGUUUGGUAAAGAUUCCAUCAUCUUGUCGGCAUCUUCAUAAACUACAGAAGUUGUUGAUGAAUAGCUGCACAAGCCUGUUAGAGAUAUGACCGUUGGAGUUUGAAU